CAGAAGCCUCGCGCCGCAGCAUGGACCCGCUCGGGAACGGCUCGGACGGAACCGGCGCGUGCGUGAACUGCAGCUCCAACCAGUUCGUGCAGCCCGCGUGGCAGGUCGGCCUGUGGGCCGCCGCGUACUGCGGCCUCGUGGCCGUGUCCGUCCUCGGGAACCUCGCGGUCAUCUGGAUCAUUCUGGCGCACGAGCGCAUGAGGACGGUCACCAACUAUUUCCUGGUGAACCUGGCCUUCGCCGAGGCCGCCAUGUCAGCCUUCAACACGGUGAUCAACUUCACCUACGCGCUCCAUAACGAGUGGUACUUUGGCGCCGUUUACUGCCGCUUCCACAACUUCUUCCCCAUCGCCGCCAUUUUCGCCAGCAUUUACUCCAUGACGGCCAUCGCCCUCGACAGAUACAUGGCCAUCAUGCACCCCCUGAAGCAGCGGCUGUCCUCCACCCAGACCAGGGUUCUGAUCGGACUCAUCUGGGUUCUGGCUCUGCUGCUGGCCUUCCCUCAGUACCACUACUCCUCCACCACCUUGCUGCCCGGUAGAACCGUCUGCUUCAUCGACUGGCCGGAAUACGUCACGUUGGACUUCAGGAAAGUUUACUACGUAUCCGUGGCUCUGCUGAUUUACUUCCUGCCCCUGUGCAUCAUGGGAUGGGCGUACAUGACCGUCGCCGUCACCCUCUGGGCGAGCGAGAUCCCCGGUGACUCGUCUGAGCACUACAGAGAGCAGCUGGUCGCCAAACGCAAAGUGAUGCAAAUCGCCGUAGAGCGUGAGGGACUUUCACUCCUGGGUGGAGGUUUGAAUCCCGUCUCUCCCCGACAGGCGGUGAAGAUGAUGAUCGUGGUGGUGUGCACCUUCGCCGUCUGCUGGCUGCCGUAUCACGUCUACUUCUUGCUGCACCAGUUCUUCCCCGAGCUCUUCGAGCAGCUCUACAUCCAGCAGGUGUACCUGGCCGUCAUGUGGCUCGCCAUGAGCUCCACCAUGUACAACCCCAUCAUCUACUACUGCCUCAACAGCAGGUUCAGAGCCGGCUUCCAGCAGGUGUUCUGCUGCUGCUCCUCCAGCGCCGCCAAAGAGGAGCUGGAGCUCAAGUCCCCCCGGUACCUGCAAACACAGGGGAGCAUCCGCGGCAGCCGGAUGGAGACGGUGGUUUCUAGCGCCGUGGAUCCUGCGGCGGCGUGCGCUCCUCACGUGGAAAACACCAACGGCUCCGUCACGGAGGCGCUCGCCUGCACCGCCUGCUGAUUCCUCCGUGGUCGUUGUUGUUUGAGGUCAGGUGUGACAUUACUGUAAAGACCCCCCACCCCCACAGCUCCACCAUCUUCCAGGGUUUGGGCGGCGUGGAAACGGCGAGCAGAGCCAGCACCUGUUGGACAGGAUUACCGGCGGCGUUCGGAUCAUGUGAGCAGGCGGAUCAGCGGACGGCUAAAUUUAGAGCUCCCAAAUAUAGAGGAGCUGGAGACAAAGCUCCUCCAGUUGUGAGGAUUUGCCGCCAGCAGACGACGGUCUGCCGGCAGCUCGGAGCUGCUGGAGAACACGCCGUGAUCGGACAGGUGAGGCUCACCUGCGGUUUAUUUAGGACCAAACAUUUUUCUUUUGGGACGUUUUGCUGCAGCCGUUCUCCUAUCCAGGUUCUGUGGCUGCAAAACAAGCCCACAUCACCAUCCCUCCACCACCGUGCUCGACUGUAGAAAACGUUUUCCGGUUUUAUCAGAGCAUUAAAGCUGUUUAUGCCGUUAAAGUAGAAUGUUUCGCUUUUGAGGCGUCUUUUUCUGCCUCUGUGGGCGUGGCUCCACCUGAGAGGCGGAGCUAGGGCCCUACCCCUUCACUCCUGAAGGGAAAGACCCCCAAUGAGACGUUCUUUAACAGAACGUCUCAAAAAAAAAAACUUUAUUGAUCUUAUCGAGUUUGUAAAUAAUGAAUACAUGUAAACAUUUAGUCAACAGCUAAAAUACUGAAAUUGUUGUGAGUUUCUGUGUGAAAUACAGUUUGUCUGUUGAUGUCGUGACUUUUAACAAUGAAAUUCUUCUCCGACUCAUGUCUGCGAGUUUUUCUUCUUCAUGUGAUUGAUGUCGAUUCAUCUGACAGUCAAAAGCAAAACAAAUAAUGAAAAUACACAAUGAAAACGUAAAAAAAAAAACAAAAGUAAUUCAUGAAAAUCAAGAUGAAAUAUAAAAAAAGAAACAAAAUAAGAAA